GCGGACUUCCAAUGGAUGCCCUUUCCCCCGACCGGUCGAUUGUUGAAACUGCACUACAACGCGCUAAUGGCACAAUUGCGGGAGUAUUUGCACACUGUAGAACAAGCUCCGUUGAUGGACGCCGGAGUAGAGGUUGUCGACCUUCGCGACUACCUUGCGAAGAUCGACGGCAAGUUCAAGACACAACGGGAGGCCGUGACCUUCAACAUUUUGGAUACCAAGUUCGACAUCAUUUUGGGCAUGUCGUGGCUGCAAAGCGAGGAUCACCCCGUGAACUUCUACCGCCGUACUGUUCACAUUCGUGAUCGGAAUGGGGUACUAGUCUCGUGCACGGUUCCUCCACCUCACCCUUCGAUCAGCUAUCACGUGGUGUCCGCCGCGAGCAUUCGAGCUUCCAUCACACGGGACGACGUCGAGGAGAUGGGCUUGUGUUUUCUCCACGCCCUCCCUCCCUAUGACAACCCAUCGACGAACGCAUCGACGGACUCACGCAUCACCGAGCUUUCAAACGCCUACGGCAACGUUUUCGAAGCCCCGCACGGAGUAGUACCGGAUCGGCCCAUCCGCCACGAGAUCAUUAUUGAGGCUAGGGCCGUACCUCCGCGUGGCUGCAUCUACUGCAUGAGCGAGGAAGAGCUAAGUGUGCUACGAGCACAACUCGACGAUCUUCUUGAGAAAGGGUGGAUUUGGCCUAGCUCUUCACACUACGGUGCCCCCGUUCUCUUCGUCCUGAAGAAGAACAAGGACUUGUUGUGCAUUGACUAUCGCAAGCUCAACACGCAAACCGUCAAGAACGUCGGCCCUCUUCCGCAUAUCGAGGACCUUCUCGAAUGGUUGGGCGGUGCUAAAUUUUUCUCCAAGCUUGACCUCAAAUCGGGAUAUCACCAACUCAAGAUCCGGUGGGAGGACCGCUACAAGACCGCGUUUAAGACGCGAUAUGGUCAUAUCGAAUGGCUGGUUAUGCCUUUUGGUCUUACAAAUGCCCCAACCAUGUUCCAAGCGACCAUGACAACAAAGUUCCGACACAUGCUGGACAGAUUCGUGCUCAUCUACCUCGACGAUAUCUUGUUGUACAUCCGGAGUUUGGACGAACAUGUGGACCACUUGCGAACCGUCUCGGAGCGGCUACGACAAGCCAAGUACAAAGCCAACCGCGACAAAUGUGAAUUCGCGCGGCAAGAGCUCGAAUACUUAGGCCAUUAUGUGACACUGCAAAGCAUCCGUCCGCUCGCGGACAAGAUUGAGGUCAUCCGCCAUCCCGUGGAGUACUUCAACCACAAGGUGCCUCCCAUCAAUUCACUUGAUGAUGCAAGGAAGAAGGAGCUGCUCGCAUUCGUGAUGGCUUUCAAGCGAUGGCAACACUUCCUCCUUGGGAGGCGUAAGUUCACAUGGGUCACCGAUAACAACCCGUUGAUCUACUACAAGACGCAAAACACGGUGAGCAGCACUGUCAAACGAUGGAUGUACUUCAUCGACCAUUCCGACUUCACAUCGAAACAUCUCGCCGGCCUCUCCAAUCGAGCAGCCGAUGCACUCUCGCGAAGACCCGAUCUUUGCGCCAUGACACAUCACGCCUUCGCAUUCGAUGAGGAACUCCAACGACAUUUCAUCCGGGCCUACAAGUCCGAUCCGGAUUUCGCUACGCUCUAUGCACAGCUAUCGUCGGAUCACCCGUCGACCAACCACUAUCACAUCGUCGAUGGGUACUUGCUUCUCCACUCACGAGGCAAGGACUUAUUAUGCGUCCCACGAGACUGUUGCCUCUGGACUUGUCUUUCGGCGAGUACCACGACUCGCAACUCGCCGGCCACUUCGGAGUCAACCGAACGAUUGCAAGACUUCGGCAACGAUUCCGGUGGCCCGACCUCAUUAUCGACGUCUCUUGAUAUUGCGAUUCUUGCGAAGUCUGCCGAUGAAGCAAGCCCCACAAUCGCAAUCCCUACGGUGAAUUGCGCCCGUUGCCCAUCCCGCGGGAACCCGGCCUCUUCAUUGCAAUGGACGUCACCGACCCAUUCCCCCGCGACAACUUCGGGCACGACGACAUCCUCACGGUCGUUGACCGAUUAAGCAAGUACGCGCAAUUUCUUCCUUGCAAGUAUUACGCCAUGGCUCCCGAGCUUGUGCGA